AUGUACCACUGGCAACCGAGGCAGAAAACCACGGGUGCUUCAGGUAGAUUGUCCAUUAUGGAACCUCGGCACAAAGACUUGUUUCUGCCUCCUGGAAAUGGGUCGACCCAGAAGGAUCCCAAAAGGACCCCAGAAGUACCAAAGAAAGACCCCAAAGAAAGGACCACAGAAAGACCCCAAAAAACGCCCCAGAAGGACCCUAGAAAGACCCCAGAAGGACCCAGAAAGACCCCCCAGGAGGACCCCAGAAGGACCCCAGAAGGGACCCAGAAGGACUCAGGCACAAAAGACGCUAAAGAAGGGAAAGACCCUAAAGAACGAUCCCCCACAAAGAGAAAAAACCCCAAAGAAGGACCCACAGGUUCUAGAAAGACCCCAGAAAGACCCCAAAAGGACCCCAGAAAGACCCCAGGAAGGACCACAAAGAUGGACCCAGAAAGACCCCCAGAAGGACCACAGAAACCCCCAAAGAACGCCCCCAGGACCACAGAAAUACCCAAAAGACCUCCAGGAGGACCCCAGCAGGACCCCAAAAGCCCCCAUUCCGCAUUCGCCGCGAGAGCCAGGGACGCGGGCGACUUGUACUGUGGUCGCAAGGGGCCGGACAUUAACUUGGAUGUGGGUAGCGCCGAGAUUCCGUUGUCGAACGCACCCGUCAGUGAGGAUCCUCCCUUCCUAACAGGAGUUAGGGGAGCGAUCUCCAAGCUGAAGAGUGACCACCUUGUGAAGCAUCAGAUGCCGGAACAAUCUGGAUUCACUCCUGGUAAGUCCACCAUAGACCACAUCCUUGAGCUUCGAGUCAUUAUAAUGGGGUACAGUUGGCGGGACCAAAUGUCAAUCCAACGGUUGCACCGUGAGACAGGCACAGGACCUAGGUCAUUUACUGCACAAUCUAUAAAACAGCACAUUGGGACUUCAGAAAUCCUGGGUUCAUGGAAGGCCAAAAAGAUUUACUGUGCCAUGCUGCAAUUAUAG